AUGGAAGGCGAGGGGCGUAUGAUCCCGACAGGGAUCGGCGGAGCUAAGCUGAAGUUCCUUGAUUCUGACGCUGGCAAUACCAGGGAAAAGGAAGGGGAAGAGAAAGCUUCUGUGAACGACCCCAACAGCAUGAAAGGCGAGGGGCGUCAGCCUAAUAGAGGAGCGCCAAUAGGGAUCAGCGGAGCAGAGCUGAAGUGCCUUGAUUCUGGCGCUGGCAAUACCAGGGAAAAGGAAGGGGAAGAGAAAGUUUCUGUGAACGAACCCAGCAGCAUGAAAGGCGAGGGGCGUCAGCCGAAGAGAGGAGUCCCGACAGGGAUUGGCGGAGCAAAGCCAAAGUGCCUUGAUUCUGACGCUGGCCUUAGCAGGGAAACGGAAGUGGAAGACACAGUUGCUGUGAAGGACGCACUCUGGUUACAGCUUCAUAAGUUGAAAGAGCAGGUGAAGAGUAUGGAUGGCUGGCUGAGGGCACUUCAGAAGGAGCAAGGUGGUCUUAGUCAGUCCGCUGGGGCAAACAGAGGGGCAGCAGGGCAAGCGAAAGAGGAAGGGGAGGAAGAGGAGGAGGACUAUGCUCCCGAUGAGGCAAUCGGAGCGGCAGCAGAGAAAGCAAGAGCUGAGGAGAGUCAGGAGUUGGAAGAGCGGGUGAAGGCUAAUGCGGUGCUGCAGUGGGCUCCCUGCUCUGGAGUCCGGAUCAAGCAGGGUCAACCUGAUCAGCCCGAUGUGGCAAAUGGAGCAGCAGCAGAGAAAGCAAGAGCUGACGAAAGUCCGAAGCCACGUCAGCUGCUGUCUCGGGCGGGCAUGGUUCACUACUUGGAUGCGACGGGUGCGUGGGAUUACGAUCUGUGCGAGUGCUGUUUUGACCGUGCUAUAAGCAAGAGGGCACAACGAGCACUUGCCAUAAAGAGCCUGGAGGACGUGCGUGGCCGCCACCUGGGCAGGAAUCAGCCUCAUUGCACCCCUGCCGCAGCACCCGAGCAGCAGCAGGAGGCCGAUUUCAGGUUCUUUAGUGGAGCAAAGGAGCUGCAGGUGCUGCGAGGGGGGCACAGACUCUCGGCGCAGGAGCAGGUUGAAUGGAAGGAGGAAUGGGCGCCUUAUUACUGUGCAGAAGCGAUGCUGCUCGAGUGGAUGGCUGAGCCUCGUGUGGGCGUGCUCAUGGACCUAGGGAGGAUCAGAUCCCGCCUGCCAUCCAUUCUGGCCGAGCUAGGGGCGGGCAGGCAGGGGGAAGACGACUGCUUUGCGUCCAUGCUGGUUCAAGUGCUUGGGGUGAAGGAGAGUGCUGACCUGCAGGAAGGGUUUGGGUUUUUUGUGCAGCAUGUGCUGUCAGGCGGGCUGGAGAAGGUGCAUGGAGAGGGGAGGGGGGGGGACGAGAAGAGAGCUUCUGAAGAGACGAAUGCAGAGGGGAAGGGGGGAUGUGAGGGUGUGGGGGAAGGCAGUGCAGAGCAGACGGGGAGACACGCGGGGCUGGAGCGGGUGGUUGGUGGGGGCAGAUUGGGGGAGAGAUUGUCCGUGGGGGGAUUGGUGGAUGCUUCACAUGGGAAGGAGGAUGAGAGGCACGUUGAGGAGGAGACAGAGAGCAAGGUAGAAGUCCAAGGGGUUGCUAGCAAGUGCAGGAGGGUAGAGAAGGCAGCUGUAUAUGUAGCCAGGAAGAGGGUGCUGCAGCAUCGCCCGAAUGAGAAAACGGGGAUGGAUGGAGGAGACGGGGCAGGUGUGGGAGGGGCUCAGCCCCCUCAGCCCCCUCAGCCCACUCAGCUUGCUACAGCCAUUGCUACAAAUGCUGGGCUCGUGCCUGUCGAUAGGCCAGAACCAAUCAAAAGACUUGUGCCUGUCAACACGAACCUUGUGGUUGCUGCAUUCACCUAUCGGGCCCGUUGCAUCUUGCAGUGGGUCCGAAUCUACGGCCCAGAUUCCAUCUCAAGAGACCAGUGCUCGAAAGACGGUGCUCCGAGCAAGGUAUGGGUUAUGCGCCACCCACUUCGGGAUCUUCCGAGCCUGCUGGUCAGGUUUGGCGCCAUUCCCAAGCCUCUGGAGGGAAGCGACGUUCCGUUGGAGUGGGAGGAGUGGCCUCGGGGCGAUGAAGCUGCUGCAAAGUUUCCUGUCAACCCGAAAGAGCGAUGUUUUGGGCUUGGGAUUGUGGAGGAGUGCAGUGGACCAGCAGAGAAGCGGACAUCGCCUCAACCUCCUCGGCACACAUCUGAAGCAGCAGGGGAAAGCAGGAGUGCACGGGGAAAAGGUUGUAAGGCAGCAGGGCAGGAGUGCAGUGUGGAAGCCACACAGAGCAGAGCGAGUGGGAAAAAGGCUGAAGCACCUGGAAACGCCGAGCAGAGAGUCACACUACCGCCCGCGAGAAAGAAUUUUCCUAUCGUGCGCUGCGAGGCAGAUGUGGAGUUGCUGGUGGGGCUAGCCGGUUACGUAUUGGACCCUCCUGCAUGCACCCACUGCACCCGCUGCUCCACUGACUUCAUGAAUUUCGCAUGCUCCGUUGCUGUCAUUGCCAACUUUGCCUACCGCCCUGUCAGUCACCUGUUUGCCCGGGUUCUCUCGGCGUUCCCGCCUGCCUCCCCUGGGUUUGUCAAGCUGGUAGAGUGCUUGGACCUCCCUGCUCCCCUGCCCGGGCCUGUGAAUGUGCGUAUGCUGCUGGAGCGAGCCGAGCAGGUGCCUCUUUACUUCCUCAUUCACAUGGCUGUGUGGUGCGCGCACGCUCUUUUAAAAAACGAUAUGGACGAGCGGGAAGGCAGUGGAAAAGGGAAAGGGGGCACAGGUGGGAGGUUGGGGGUGCAGAGCCGCUGGGAUGGUGAGGAGGGUCAGGAGAACGGUGGAGAGGUGUGGGAGGAGGUGGUGAUGUGGUAUUCCUCGGUGAUGGCUGCAUGGAGGUUCAACGUGGGGAGCAAGGGAGAGAGCGAGGAGUGCAGAGGCAGCAGGAAGUGGGAGAGGCCGGAAAGGGGGUGGGACAUUACAUGGAUUCUUGAAGCAGCGAUUGUCCCCAGGUACUGUGAGGGGUUGCAAGGGAAGCGUGGGACUCCAACGGAGAGGAGCACUGGUGGCAGCAGCAGCAACUUGUUGAAGUGGGGUUGGGCGGGUGGCAGCAGCAGCAACCGAAGUGAGAAGUGUAAGAAGGGGGAGGAACCGGUGCACCUGAAGGCAUGGCCAGGGGGGGUCAACCUGGUGGCAUGUCUGCGAGAGAUGCUGCUGGGGGAGCCCUGCUACCGCCCUGCCUCCCCUGCUACUCCUCCUGCUGCCACGUCCACCCAUGCUGCUUCUUCCACCUGUCCUGCUGCUGCUGUGUCUUCUCGUCCUGCUGCCUCGCCCAACCCCACUUCAACAAGCAUUGGUGUUCCUGCUGCUUCUGCCGCCGCUGCUGCUGCUGCUGCUUCAGAUGACCAAGGCCGUGUGUGCGGUGAUGCGGGGUGUGGGAGGGUGGAGGGUGGUGGUGGUGGGAAGUUGAGGAGUUGUGGUGGGUGUGGCAAGGUGGCGUAUUGCAGCAGAGGCUGCCAAAAGACGCAUUGGCCCUCCCACAAGCUCACAUGCCCCGGCAGGACCAGCGGGAAGUGGCGUGGGAAGGAUGGGAACCGAGAUGGCUGCGAGAAAUCUGGCAAGGAGAGUGGUUGUGAGGUUAGUGGUGACAGCGAUGGCGAGGUAAGACCCGUCAAGAUGUUUGAGCGGACAGCAAACUUGAACGGCAGUCAGAUAAUCAACUACCAGAGUGAUCCCUCUGGCAAAUGGCUCGCUUUGAUUGGCAUCGCCCCUGGUGCUCCUGAGCGUCCACAACUCGUCAAGGGAAAUAUGCAGCUCUUUUCCGUGGAUGAGCAAAAGAGUCAGGCAUUGGAAGCGCACGUAGCUGCGUUUGCCUCUGUGAAGGUGCCAGGAAACGACACUCCUUCCCUUGUCAUUGCGUUUGCCACCAAGACCAUCGCUGGCGGACAGCUUAUUUCGAGGUUGCAUAUUAUGGAGCUUGGUGCUCAGCCAGGCCGUGUUCCUUUCACUAAGAAGCAGGCCGACCUGUUUUUCCCGCCAGCUUUCGCUGAUGACUUUCCGAUCGCCGUGCAGGUGUCAGCAAAGUUCGGUCUGGUAUAUGUCGUCACCAAGUUGGGCCUGCUCUUUGUGUACGACCUCGAGUCCGCUACACCCAUCUACCGCAAUCGCAUCAGCCCCGAUGUGAUCUUCCUGGCAGUCGAUGCUCCCAGCGUGGGCGGUUUCUAUGCCGUGAAUCACCGCGGGCAGGUGCUGCUUGCCACGGUGAACGAGCAGACCAUUGUCCCGUUCGUCAGCGACCAGCUCAACAACCCGGAGCUCGCGAUCAGCCUUGCUCGCCGCGCGAACCUUCCUGGUGCCGAGAAUCUGAUGCCACGAAGUAGUGGCCGAAAAGGCGUGGUAGUGGCCAAAACGAGCGCGAGAAGCCGGGCACCAGCAGUGGGGCGAAGCGGGGAGAAGGGGCGUCGAGUUUCCCAGAAAGAGGAUUUGGUCUGCUUGCAGAACAGUUCUUCCAAUGUGGUCAACCGGACCGCCCCAGCCAUUACUCGCCAGAGCCUAGAAGCUCCCUGUGAGGAGGAUCCAGCAGCAGCAGAAGGGGCAGCAGCAGGUGCUGCAGCGGCUGCAGCAGCAGCAGCAGCACCACCACCAUCAGCAGCAGAAGAAGGAGCAGCAGCAGGUGCUGCAGCAGUAGCACCACCACCAUUAGCAGCAGCAGAAGGU